ACAUUUAUUUCCAGCCUGCUUGAAAAUGCUUAUGAUGUAUCACCAGUCUGAUUCCUCCUGAAAUGACUUCUCCUUCUCCUUCCCUGUCUGUUUCUGUGCGUGUGUGCGUUUGAAUGUAUGCAUCUUUGCCUCGCCUGGCAGUGAAAUAAAGGCCUGAUGCCGCGCCGUAGCCCCAGGCUGCUCAGUUGAAAGGGAGAAGCAGUAGGAUGCGGUGGGUCACUCUGACAGCGGCCCUGGGGUGUUUGUGCCUGUCCCAGGCAUCGCACGGCCCCACCCCUACCCCCACCUCCACCCACACCCCUCUGGUGGACAACUCUGAGGAGGAAGUGGAUGAGCCGUGCUUUGAGCCGUGCACAUGCGAGGUCAAAGAGGGCGUGCUGCACGUGCACUGUGAUGGGCGGGGCUUCACCAAUGCCAGCCAGGUGUCACAGUCAUGGAUCCGCCCUUUCAAACUCAACCUCCAGAGGAACUCUUUCAGACGUCUCUAUAGCAACGGGUUUCAGCACCUUGGCAACGCGGUGUCGAUGAACCUUGGCAACAAUGCAUUACAGGAUAUCCGAGUGGGGGCCUUUAAUGGGUUAGCCAAACUGAGGCGCCUGUACCUCCAUGAGAACAAGCUGGAGGUCUUCAGAAAUGACACGUUCGCUGGUUUAGAGGCUCUGGAAUACCUCCAGGCCGACUACAAUGUGAUCAAACGCAUCGACAGUGGUGCUCUGAGGUUUCUCCACAAGCUUCAGGUUCUCAUACUGAAUGACAAUCUGAUCCCCAUCUUGCCUGCUCAUCUGUUCAGAUCUGUGUCUCUGACUCAUUUGGACCUGAGGGGAAACCGUCUGAAGAGCCUGGCAUAUGCUGGGACCCUGGAGUACAUCGGCCGAUCCCUGAUGGAGCUACAGCUGGAGGAGAAUCCCUGGAACUGUAGCUGUGAGGCGGUGCAGCUACUGCAGUGGCUGGGUCAGAUCCCCUACACAGCCGUAGUUGGGGAUGUUACCUGCGAAUACCCAUUUCAUCUUCAUGGAAAGGACCUGAGGGAAAUCCCUCGGAAAGAACUUUGUGCUGACCUGCCGGAUAAAGAGCUGCAAGAAGAGAGAGGUGCUCCAUCAGAAGGAUCCCAGCCCCAGCCUCUGCCCCCAAACUCUAAACACAACUCCAAUCCCAGGACAGUCAGGCCGACAAAGCCAUCAUCUAUGGUACAUGGCUCUCGACAGAAUACUCACACUUCAUCCUCCUCCUCUUCAUCAGAGCGUAAAGAAAGGGAGAGGCAACCGAGGCCGACUAAAAGACCUCGACCCUCCAGAACGCCCCCCACAGCUCGCAGUUUGAUGCCCAACCAGAACCCCCCUGUUGCAGGUUACCAAACACGACCUCCUAUACCUAUCAUUUGCCCCAUCCGUUGCACCUGUAACCUGCACAUUGCAGAUCUAGGCCAAACCCUCAACUGCAAAGAGAAUGGAUUCCACAACAUGUCCCAGCUCAUGCCUCGGCCCCUCAAUGGCCGAAAGCUCUUCCUAGGCGGGAACCUAAUCCAAAAGAUCUAUCGCGCGGACUUUUGGAACUUCUCCAGCCUUGACCUGCUUCACUUAGGGAACAACCGCAUCAGUUACCUCCAGGAAGGGGCCUUCUCCAGCCUAAUAAACUUGAGGACCCUCUCCCUGAAUGGAAACAACCUGGAUAGAUUGAGCCCCCACAUGUUCCUAGGACUGCAGAACCUAAGGUUCCUUUACUUGGAGUACAACUAUAUCCGUGUGGUAGAUCCUGGCACCUUUGACUCUAUGCCGUCCCUACAGUUGCUGUUUCUCAACUCCAAUAUUUUGCGGAGCCUCCCUGUCAAUUUGUUUUCUGGAGUCAGUCUGUCUCGUCUUAACCUGAGAAACAAUUUCUUCCAACAUCUUCCAAUGGAGGGUUUGCUGGAACACCUCAAAGGACUGGUGCAGGUGGACCUGCAGCAAAACCCAUGGGAGUGCAACUGUGAAGCAGUUCCACUGAAGCGUUGGCUCGAGGGGCUCAGCACAGUGAUUUUUAUGGGGGAGGCAGUCUGUCACUCGCCCGAAAAGACCAAAGGUGUGGACUUACGCUCCCUCUCCAUGGAGCUCCUCUGCCCCGAGCUGGAGCCCCAGGAGGACCAUCAGCAGAAGGAGCAGACAGCAAAUACCACAGAUGCAGGAGGUGUCUCGGUUGGCUACCCCAGUCCUGGGCUGGGACCCCUCACCACUCCAUGGAUAGAUUCAAUCCCUCUGUCGGUGUUGGUGCUCAGCCUGCUUGUGCUGUUUGUCUCUGCUUUCUUUGCAGCGGCGGCACUAAUCGCCUACGCCCUGAGGAUUAGGGACAAGCUGCCGUUCCGUCGCCAGGGAGAGGUAGACUUGGCCGGUAUCCAGAUGGAGUGCGGAAUCUUCACUGAGCAGACACACCACCACCACCAGCUUCACCACGGCCUCCCAGAUAAGCCCCCUUUACCUCUGCCUGAACACAACCACGUCUAUGACACUAUCUUGCCCCGAGAGGCUGCAGCUAAAGGAACCGACCCGGCUGGGGCCUCGCACAUGUGUAGCAACCCGAUGUUCCAAGACCAACAGGACGUGGAGGUGAACCAGCAACUGCAGCAGCAGCAACAGAUGUUUGCAACUUCAAAAGAGUGCAAGGGAGGAUACUGCCCUACUCCGGAGAAGGAGAAGGAGUGGGCCCUUGAGGUGUCCUCAUCCCCCAUCAACACCAUCACAGGAGCAAUGGGGGCGCUCGCUGGCCUCCAUGGGAAUGGCAUCCUGUGUCCUACAGUCAUUGACAGCCAGGGCCCCACUCCUAAGGUGGAGCUGGUGGACUGUCUCUUCCGACUCCCGACCCCUGAGUUCAGAGAUCUGCCUGACAGGUAUGGGAGGCCCCCGCCCCGCUACCCCCACACCCAAGACUGCCAACAGGAAGUGGGAGCUGACCAAACACUAGUGGUCACCACUCCUAGCUCCUUAGCUGUAGGUGGCCGAGGCAGCCAGAGUGAGCAGGGAGAUGGAGAGCAGAGACCCAGACUGAGGACCAAACCAGACUACAUGGAAGUUCUGGACCGGUCUUAUCAGUUUUAACACUUCUCCUCCCUUUAAUCCCUCUCCUUCAGCUUUUCCUGCUACCUUUUUUCUGAUCUCUUCAUUAUCUCUCUCUCUACUGAUGAAUCACCCAAUAACACUGACUCCUGUACAGAGGUUGGUUUUCAGAGGAGACUGUGGGGGAGUGGGACUACACAACACACCAUGUUUAUUUCUGGACCUGAGGUCAGUUUUUGUAUUUUUCCCCACUACUGGCACAUAGGUUGGUAUUUGGCAAGGAUUAGCUGAACCAGGAUCUCUGCCUGGGGGCCACACUUCAGCUGCAUUUUAUUUUUCCACCGCAGUCUUACAGCACGAAAAAAGGCUCAAUAUUUCCAUCAAAACGCCACAAUUAACAGGAUACAGCACGGCUGUAGGCGUUAGCGUUCAUAUUAUCUCUCUCUAAGGACCUGCAUGGAGGUGAAAAAAAAAAACAGCUCUUAACAACAUCAAACACAAGAGUCAUGAACCACGACAGCCUGAAGGUGUGGAGCUGGGUGUGCACGUUGAGACAGAGAAACGAUCAAGACAACCCAAGAAGAAGAGAAAUAACUGAGAACAGCCAAGUGCCUUAGCAAUGAACAGCCAGCAGUAUGGUCAAUGCUUAUUUUUCUAUAAAUACAGAUCUAUUUAUCUAAACAAAGAGGUUUGACUACCAAUGGACGGGACGCUGAUGGAAAACUGAGACUAAGUGAAAACCUCAAGAGUAAUUGCAUUCCCUGGAUGAGCCAAAAAUAAUAACCUACCCAGUCAAUACUGGAGUUGUUUGUAUGCAGUUCUGUUGAUUUUCUUCAUCUCAUCCAGUAAAACUUAGCUUGCUUAUCUGGAAUUCUUUACAGGGCUAUGACGGGGACUAAUUCAGGAUUGUCUGUUGCAGAGUGAGAUUCUGGAUUUUGUAGUUCUUAUUAUUGUUAUCAUCAUUUUAAUGGAAAACAAAACCAAGAAAGAGGGAACCACAGAAGGACACCGAGCCAAUGGAUGCAUUUUUAGAUUUCUUUAUCUGUCAGACUUAACGGGGCCACAAGGACCUCUGCUUCAUGUUUUAUUUCAUUCGACAAAGGCACAGAGGUUAUUGUAUUGUUUUUUUUCUCUAAAGUAUUUCUCAGAGGAAAAAUUGAAUGAAAACAAAGAGAAAGGACAAAAAAAGCAGGCGUAGAGGCAUUUUUUUCUGUUGUUAAAAAAAAGACACUUCUAUCAACUACUGGUUAAUAUCUUUUAUGGAGAUACUUUUUAUGCUUUCAUCUCCAAACAAUAGUAGAGGCAGUUGUGAAUAUAUUUAUUCUUAGUUUUUGCGUGUUGAAGCUCUCCUGUUAGGGAUCAUGUUAUAUUAAUGUAUAGGAUGAUUCUGCAUCUGGUUCAGCCUUCUUACCGCCGACCCACGAAGUACAAUAAAGGGUGCUACAUUAAAGAAGA